AUGUCGCAUAACAUUGGCACUUCUACCCGCUCUCUGCACGCGGACGACGUGCUCAAUGUCGUGUCCGAUGUGGCUCCUCCGAUGCACCUGUCCACCACUUUCCGCUACUCCGACGAUCCCUCUGCUCUUAUUCCUGCGGCGGAUCUCAACAGUUCCGACAUCGAUCCCACAAACCACAUCUACUCCCGAGUCUCCUGUCCCAACCCAACCCGCUUCGAAACAAUCCUCACCUCCCUCCUAAACGGCAAAGCAAUCUCCUACUCCUCCGGCCUCUCCGCCCUCCACGCAGCCCUCACCCUCCUAAACCCACGCCGCAUCUCCGUCGGCGAAGGCUACCACGGCUGCCACGGCGUAAUCGCCCUCUUCACCCGCCUAACAGGCCUGGCAAAACUAGACCUGAACUGCGACCCCACCCUUCUCGAAAAGGGAGACGUAAUCCUCCUCGAAACACCCGUCAACCCUAAAGGAACGGCCUUCGACAUCGCCGCCUACGCGGAGAAAGCACACUCCCGUGGCGCAUUCCUCAUCGUCGAUAGUACAUUCGCCCCGCCCGGUUUGCAGGAUCCGUUCCUGUUCGGCGCGGACUUGGUCAUGCAUUCUGGCUCGAAGUAUUUCGGCGGUCAUAGCGAUGUGCUGUGCGGUGUUCUCGCGACCCAGCGCGAUGAUUGGGCUACCCAGCUUUUCCAAGAUCGUAUCUUCCUCGGCUCGGUGAUGGGUAAUAUGGAAUCCUGGCUCGGCGUGCGCAGUCUGCGCACACUGGAAGUCCGCGUCCAGCGUCAAAGCGAGAAUACUUCUCGUCUGGUCUCGUGGCUCCACUCCGCGCUACACGCGCCAAACCCGGCGCCUGGCUCGGACGAGGCUGCCGUGCAGACUGUCCUGGAAGAGGUCUUCCAUGCUUCCGUGCAGGAGACGGAGGGGGACUGGUUAGCCAAGCAGAUGCCGAAUGGAUUUGGGCCUGUGUUUUCGAUUACGAUGAAGGAUGAGGCGUGGGCGAGGGAGUUGCCGAGUCGGUUGCAUUAUUUCCAGCAUGCGACUAGUUUGGGUGGGGUUGAGACGCUUAUUGAGUGGAGGACUAUGUCGGAUGCUACUGUUGAUCGGAGGUUGUUGAGGGUUAGUGUUGGGUUGGAGAAUUGGGAGGAUUUGAGGGGAGAUUUGGUUAAGGCUUUUAGGGGGUUGGCUGGGUUGUAG